AUGCUUUGCAAACAGAGCACAAAGCAAAAUUUAGAUACUCCAACUGCGAAAACCAUGCUUAACACCUACCAUACCUACAAAGUCUCAUCAAACCAGUGUGGUUCUAGCCUUGUGCAAACCAUAGACGCACCAUUACCUCUGGUAUGGUCCCUUAUUAGGCGCUUUGAGUAUCCACAAGGAUACAAGCUGUUUGUAAGGAACUGCACCAUGCUUGCUGGGAAUGGUGGCAUAGGAAGUGUACGCGAGGUCGUGGUUGCAUCUGGAUUGCCUGCUGGAGUUAGUAUUGAGAGGUUAGAUAAGAUGGAUGAUGACAAGCAUGUCCUAAAAUUUAGCAUUAUUGGCGGUGAUCACCGGCUUGUGAAUUAUAGUUCGACAAUUACUUUGCAUGAAGAGGAAGAGAAAUAUGGGGGGAAGACGGUGGCGAUAGAGUCGUACGUGGUGGACAUUCCGGCGGGGAGUAGUGGCGAGGAUACCUGCUCUUUUGCCAAUACUAUCAUAGGUUGCAAUCUUAGGUCGUUGGCUAAAAUCACAGAAGAAAUGGUUUGUAAGCCUAAUUAA